AGCGAGGAAGAGCUGCGAGCUGCUUUUGACGUCAUCGAUGCCGACCAGAGCGGCGACAUCGACCUCGACGAGCUGCGCUCGGCGAUCCGCGCCAUUAAGACGAGCACUGACGACCAAGCCAUCGAGCAGAUGAUUGCUCUCGCAGACGCAGACGGCAGCGGCUCCAUCGACUUCGAGGAAUUCGUCGACCUCAUG